CAAAAACUCCUUAGUUGGCUACUUGAUGGUGAUUCUCAACUCAAAGUGGUUUCGGUGGUAGGAAAGGGUGGUUCGGGCAAAAGCGUACUGGUAAAAAGGGUCUUUGAGGAGGAAGAAGUGAAGAAGCAAUUCCAAAGCCAUGCUUGGAUCACAGUUUCGCAAUCAUUUGACAUUGUGAAUCUCCUAAAGGACUUGAUCGAACAGCUCUUUGAAGAAACAAAGGAGACGUUGCCCCAAAGACUAGAAAUCAUGCAAGAGAAUCAACUAAAAACGGCCAUCCAGAAAUUCCUUCAAACACGAAGGUUCGUGAUUGUUUUAGAAGAUAUAUGGAGUGUAAAGGCAUGGAAUGAUAUCAAGCAUGUAUUCUUUACUAGUGGGAACUAUGGUAGUCGUGUACUGCUCACAACUCGUAUAUUUAAUGUAGCUAAUACUUCAUGCUCUGAAUUAAAAGGUCGCAUGCAUGAAAUGGAGGCCUUGUCUGAUAGAGAGUCUUGGACUCUCUUCUGUAAUAAGACAUUCAGAGACAGACUUUGUCCUCCACAUUUGACAAAAGCCUCACGAAAUAUACUAGGAAAAUUGGAGGGAUUGCCCCUUGCAAUUGUGGCAAUUAGUAGUGCAUUGGCUUCGAGUGACAAAAAUUUGGUGGACGAAUGGGAAGAAAUCCAGCGGCAAUUGAGUGAUGAACAAGAAAGCAAUGACAAAAUUGAGAGACUGAAAUAUGUUUUGAAUCUCAGUUAUUAUGAUUUGCCUUACGAUCUUAAAAUUUGUUUCUUGUACUUGAGCAUUUUUCCUGAGCAUUAUUAUCCGAUUGAAAAGACAAGAGUGAUUCGACUGUGGACUGCAGCAAGAUUCGGGCUCACACAAAAAUUUGCUGAGGGCUAUUUCGAUGAACUUCUCNAGCAUUAUUAUCCGAUUGAAAAGACAAGAGUGAUUCGACUGUGGACUGCAGCAAGUUUCGGGCUCACACAAAAAUUUGCUGAGGGCUAUUUCGAUGAACUUCUCAAUAGAAACUUGAUCCAAGUGACAAAGAAAACGAUGGAGGAAAAACCUAAAACUUUUUUUAUUCAGCANAAACACGAAGGUCGCAUGCAUGAAAUGGAGGCCUUAUCUGAUAGAGAGUCUUGGACUCUCUUCUGUAAUAAGACAUUCAGAGACAGACUUUGUCCUCCACAUUUGACAAAAGCCUCACGAAAUAUACUAGGAAAAUUGGAGGGAUUGCCCCUUGCAAUUGUGGCAAUUAGUAGUGCAUUGGCUUCGAGUGACAAAAAUUUGGUGGACGAAUGGGAAGAAAUCCAGCGGCAAUUGAGUGAUGAACAAGAAAGCAAUGACAAAAUUGAGAGACUGAAAUAUGUUUUGAAUCUCAGUUAUUAUGAUUUGCCUUACUAUCUUAAAAUUUGUUUCUUGUACUUGAGCAUUUUUCCUGAGCAUUAUUAUCCGAUUGAAAAGACAAGAGUGAUUCGACUGUGGACUGCAGCAAGUUUCGGGCUCACACAAAAAUUUGCUGAGGGCUAUUUCGAUGAACUUCUCAAUAGAAACUUGAUCCAAGUGACAAAGAAAACGAUGGAGGGAAAACCUAAAACUUUUUUUAUUCAGGACCUUGUGCGUGAAAUUGUUCUUUCCAAAUCGAGAGAGCAGAACAUGGCAAUUCUGACAAACAGACAAGAAGUAAGGUUGCCUGAGAAAGUCCGACAUUUAGCAGUCCCUAACUCCUUUGAAGUUGUACCAAAACCCAAGUGUUUUCAGACACUUCAAUCUUUGAUCGUGUUCAAAAUGGUAGAUUCAAGACAUGGUUCCUCUGUUUUUCCGCUCUUAGUUGGUGGUUGUAAGCUGCUGAAGGUUUUAGACUUAAGCUUUGUUCCCUUGGAGACAUUCCCAGAUGGGGUUUCUAAACUACUUCAUCUCAGGUAUUUAAGCAUGCAGGGAACAAACCUGAAAGUCAUUCCAAAAUCUAUCGGAAAUCUUCGGAACCUAGAGACCUUUGAUUUGAGAGGUACUGAAGUGAUUAAUUUGCCCAUCGCGAUAGGAAAGCUUCUGAAACUUCAGUAUCUUCUUGUGUAUAAGGCCAAGGCCAAAUAUUUACAAGUUGGUUGUAAAGCCCCCGCGGAAAUAGGAAACUUGUCAUCCCUGCAAAAGCUAGGUAGCAUCGAUACAAGCCAAAACAGUGGCAAGAGUAUUCUGGGAGAGUUGGGCAAGCUUACUCAACUAAAGACUUUACACAUUAGAGGGUUGAGAAGAGAAGACGGUACAACUCUAUGCUCGUCCCUUGAAAAGAUGAUCAACCUUCGCUCCUUGUCUGUUCGCUCAAUUUCUAUUAAAGAUGAUGAGAACCUUGAUCUAAAAUCUUUAUCUUCAGCUCCACCAUCUCUACGAAAGCUAGACUUGGAGGGAUGUCUAUUAAACGCACCACGCUGGAUAUCUUGUCUUCAUAGCCUGGUCAGAGUAUGUUUAUCGUGGAGCGGGUUAAGGGAUGAUCCACUGCAAUACCUACAAGAUUUGCCAAAUCUCAUUGAGCUUAAACUCUGUGGAGGUGCCUCUGAAGUAUCAAGUUUGUUUUUCCAGGAUGGACAGUUUGAGAGGCUCAAGAUUUUACGGAUUUUGGGUUUUGAAGGGUUAAGAUGGUUGAGAUUUGGGAAGGGUGCCAUGCCUCAACUUGAAAAGUCGCACAUUGAGUCCUGUGAACUGUUGGAGGUGCCAUCAGGAAUCGAAUAUCUAGCCAAACUUAAAUCAUUACGUCUAGUUGAUAUGCCUCCUUUUGUAGUUAGGGCCUUGUCGAAUCGAGACAGAGAAGCAGGGGAGUAUUGGAAAAUUAAGCAUAUCCCUAAGGUGAUGAUUGGACAUCAUAAUGAAGAGGGUCUUUUGGUGAAAAAAUAUCUAUACAGAUGAAAAGAGUUCUUACCAGGUCAGGAUAAUCUCCUCCUCCGAUUUACUGUUUUGUGUUCAAUUAUUUUUCCCUUGCCUUCUUCUCAAGUAAACUGAAAUUGAUUUUUCUAAUCCAGUUUUUUGUUUUUCUUUCAUAAUAGGGGUUUAUAACAAGUAGUCCAAGUGGCCAGGUAGAGUUUGAUUUCAUCUAAUUAGAUAGAUCAAGUUCACUUUCCCACUCAUUUAGCAGCAGCAAUAGCAAUUAAAAGUUUCCAGAAUUUGAUGAGAGAUUGCUGGAGCCUCUCUUCUAUUACCACUGCCGAAGACAUUUCCGUGACAUGCCUGAUGGUUUUGUCUUUGACGAUGAACCCAUUUCACCACUGUUGUUAGUCUUUGAUGUUUUUGUAUUUUGUUGAUUCUAGAGUGCUUUAUGUGAUCCUUGUGUUGAGGAGAAAGUUGUAAACAAGGAUGGGAUUUUCUUAAAGAGAAG